AUGAAGGAAUUUAAACUUGGAAUCGAAUUGAAUCAAUCUAUCAACAAUCCUCAUGGGAUCGACCUCGCACUUACACAUGCUAUACUACCCAAUGGCUCGUGCACUUACAAGUAUCACAAGUUGAGGAUACAGCUGAAUCAAUUUUGGCGUAGCUGUAUCGACAACACCACAUUGCUAGCCCCUGUCCAGGAGAAACACUUACAUGAAACGGGAAUAGCACUGAUAUCCCCAACCAAUCACGUUAUGCCAUGGAUGAAAACUUUUCCACAGGCAGUCUGUGGUUUACCGGGAUUGCAAAAUAGGGACAGGGCGCGGGGGGCGAUGUUUUACUCAUACAUGCCUAAGGAUGGGUUUGAACCUCAGACAUCUCAGGACAAACACACUUGGCAUGUUCGAAAGAAAAAGCAACCAAUUGGAAAUGGCGUUGUGCCCAAUACGUCAAUUGUCUACUACGAUAACAUGAAGGUGUUGGUCCGUCGCAAAUCUCGCGGCCUGGUGCUCCGGGUCGAGGGGAUGUGCGUCAACACGUGA